UAUUUAAUUUGUUCUACCUCAGAUCUACGACUAUAUGACCUGUCUACCCGGGCACAAGGUACCCAGGGUAGCUACCCCAGGUGAGAAGGCUAGAGAGAGGCAACUGAUGCUGCAGCUACCCAAGCAGGACCUAGCACUAGCCUUCACCAGACACGUGGAACCCCAGUACCACACAUCCUUCAGAGACUUCGUGGCUGCCAGGAAUGACAUAGCCCUUGACAUCGGCAUCGUUAGACAUCACAUUCCACAGAAUAUUGAGUGUCGGGGAUGCGGGGUGUGAUGAGCAAGGGGUCAGUGGGUGUGGUGGCACCUAGA